CAGACAUACUAAACCAUCCAUGGGAGCUUCGGAACCGCCCCUCGUUCGCAAGUUUUGGUACACUUUUGGCAGGUAGAGCCAACUAUAGCCGCAGCGCACUAAAAAGCGACUGUAGCCGCUGCACCUGAUGGAGAUCGGCGCGGAAGCCCCUCACUACCAAGUGAACGAUGACGAGAUAGUUCUCGGACAACUGGAUACGGAGAAAUAAAUAUUGAUCAUGGAGUAUUUAUUUUCCUGGCGUUAUCUUAUUCACUUCUCACUAAUCCACCAUCCUUGAUCACGAAUUUAAACAAGCAGUAUCGCCAGUCGAGCUCUUGCUGAUCCGAUAGUUCCUCUGCUUGAUUCUCCAACUGGCCCAACUGAGCCAAGAACAAAGGGUACCAACCAAGAUCGUCUAGCAAACAUGAAAGCUGUACAUUAUGAGGGGCCAUUCAAAGUCUCUGUAAAAGAAAUUGAUAUACCGAAGAUCGAACAUCCAGACGAUGCCAUCAUCAAGGUGACGACAGCAGCCAUCUGCGGUUCUGAUCUCCAUAUGUACCAGGGUCGCACUGCUGCAGAGACUGGUCUCGUUUUUGGGCAUGAGAACAUGGGUGUGAUAAUCGAAACUGGACCCGGCGUAACACUAUUAGAAAAGGGCGAUAGAAUUGUGCUCCCAUUCAACGUAGCUGACGGACGUUGCCGCAACUGCGAAGAAGGCCGCACGGCAUUUUGCACCGGGGUAAAUCCUGGAUUUGCAGGAGGAGCAUACGGCUAUGUUGCCAUGGGCCCAUACCAAGGUGGACAAGCACAAUACCUGCGGGUUCCCUUUGCUGAUUUCAACGCCCUGAAAUUGCCAAAGGGCACUGAGCACGAAGCUGAUUUUGCAAUGCUGGCCGACAUCUUCCCUACAGGCUGGCAUGGUUUAACGCUUGCUGGUUUCCAAUCCGGCGAAACCGUCGCAGUCUUUGGCGCCGGUCCUGUUGGUUUGAUGGCAGCAUAUAGUGGAGUUCUUCGGGGUGCGAGCAAAGUUUUCGUCGUUGAUACAGUUCCAGAGAGGUUGGAUGCAGCGAAGAAGAUUGGAUGCGUACCGAUUGACUUUAGGAAAAGUGAUCCAGUCCAGCAGAUCAUUGAUCUCAAUGAAGGCAUGGUUGAUCGCGCCGUCGAUGCUGUUGGAUACCAAGCUGUGGACGCUUCUGGAUCAAAAGAAAAACCAAACAUCGUCCUUGACCAGCUGAUUAUGGUUACGAGGCCCACGGGAGGAUUGGGUAUCCCGGGUCUCUAUGUUCCAGCAGAUCCCGGGGCGCCAGAUGAGCAGAGCAGGAAGGGACAGAUUCUAUUGUCAUUUGGAAAACUUUUUGAGAAGGGCCUGACGGUGGGCACUGGCCAAUGCAACGUCAAGUCCUACAACAGAUACUUGCGUGACUUGAUAAUAUCGGGCAAGGCAAAACCGAGCUUUGUGGUAUCGCAUGAGAUUGAUAUUGACGAUGCGCCCAAUGCGUAUGAGAAGUUCGAUAAGAGGAUUGAGGGCUACACUAAGGUUCUAAUUCAUCCUAAUGGGCCAUUGUAAGCUGGCCAGGUCUUGGGUGUAUACAGCAACGUUAUGAAUCG